AUGGCAAAUACAAUAUACUUGGGUCUAGCUGUCUCGUACGUUAUUAAUGAGAAAAACAAAACCGUUUCACAAAAAUCAAGUAGAAAAGAGAAGGGAAGGGAAGCAGAAGACCGGGUACUUGCAACAGACCAAACAAAAGGACCCAAGAAAAAGGCCAGCACUCGGGAAGGAGAGAGGUUGGGAGGGAGGGAGAUCUGCGGGGCGACGCUUUGCGGUUUUCCGGCGGCAAGGCGUGCUCCGAAUGGCGUGGCAGAGCAAGAACCAAGGAGUGGUGGCAUCAGGGGUGAGGUGAAGCCAAGGAUCAUAGAUGUGCCGAAUGGAGUGGUGGGGGAGCAUGUGGCGGCUGGCUGGCCGAGGUGGCUCACGGAGGUGGCAACAGAGGCGGUCCGUGGGUGGCAGCCUCGCAAGGCAGAGUCCUUCGAGAAGUUGGACAAGAUAGGGCAAGGUACCUACAGCAGCGUUUACAAAGCACGCGAUCUUGAGAAUGGAAAAAUUGUGGCACUUAAGAAAGUUAGAUUUGCCAAUAUGGAUCCUGAGAGUGUUCGAUUUAUGGCGAGGGAAAUUCACAUCUUAAGAAGACUUGAUAAUCCAAAUGUUAUUAAGCUCGAAGGUUUGGUGACAUCACGCAUGUCUAGUAGCUUGUAUCUCGUGUUCGAAUACAUGGAGCAUGAUCUUGCGGGGCUUGCUGCUACACCUGGCAUAAAAUUCACAGAGGCUCAGGUCAAGUGUUACAUGCACCAGCUACUGUCUGGACUUGGUCACUGUCAUAGUCGUGGUGUUUUGCAUCGGGAUAUAAAGGGUGCUAAUCUUCUGCUUGACAAUAAUGGUGCCCUCAAAAUAGCAGAUUUUGGUCUAGCUACAUUCUUUAAUCCGAACCAAAAGCAGAAUUUGACAAGUCGUGUUGUAACUUUAUGGUACCGGCCCCCGGAACUUUUGUUGGGUGCUACUAACUAUGGUGCCACGGUUGAUCUCUGGAGUGCUGGUUGCAUCCUUGCGGAAUUGCUGUCAGGGAAGCCUAUCAUGCCAGGACGAACUGAGGUGGAACAGUUGCACAAAAUAUUCAAGCUUUGUGGUUCACCAUCAGAGGAGUUCUGGGCUAAUUUGAAGUUAUCACGUGCUACCAUCUUCAAACCACAACAUCCGUAUCGUCGUUGUGUGAAUGAUGUAUAUAAGGACUUCCCUCCUUCAGCUUUGUCACUUCUGGACCGUUUACUUGCUGUAGAACCUGAUAAUAGGGGUACUGCGGCUUCUGCCCUUGAAAGUGAAUUCUUUACAACGAAGCCUUAUGCUUGUGAUCCAUCAAGUCUGCCAAAAUAUCCUCCAAGUAAGGAAUAUGACGCUAAGCUUCGAGAUGAAGAAGCUAGGAGGCAAAGAGCAGCUGCAGCCAAAGGACAUGAAUCUGAAACUGGACGCAGGAAGCAACUUGCAGCACAAAAUGGCACUAUCGGUUUACAGCAACGGCGAGUUCCGGUUAAUCCUAAAAGCAGUAGUAAUAAGUUUACUCCAAAGGAGGAUGGUGUUACUGGCUUUCCAAUGGAUCCUCUGGUAGUAGACAAUGGUCAUGCUCGCCGUGUUCCUUUGAUGAAUGCUGGUCGUUCAUCCUCCACUUUGGGUCGAUCAAGUGGCACAGAUCCAAACGGCCAGAGAUUCUACACCUCUCAGAUUGCUGCUGCUGAGAUGUCUAACCCAUCUACUGCAACUGGGCAGCGAGGCAAUACUGGUAAGCUGUCUAACCUUGGGGACAGCGCCAGGAAACAGUAUUUAAGAGAGCAUCGGUCGAGUUCAAGAUACAGUCAACUCGCUGCUGCCGACCAGUCUGACAAACCCAAAUGGUCGCAAUCGCAUCAAUUCCAAGAAAGACCGUCAUCUUCCCAUCGGAAGGAUGAAGUGGUGGCAGAUAAGGAGCCUACAGGGGUGAAUGGCACGAGGAAGAACCGAAUCCAGUACUCAGGACCAUUGAUGCCUCCUGGGGUAAACAUGGAAGAGAUCCUUAAAGAGCACGAGCGGCAAAUCCAGCAAGCCGUGCGAAGGGCUCGUCUGGACAAGGGAAAGGGCAAGCACGCCGAGAGAGACCAGUCAGAGUCGCUGCUGUACGCUGCCCAUAAUGGCAGGAUCGCCUCCUUGUACAUAGCCGUCGGCGACAUCCCGGCCGCGCGUUCUGCCGUCGAGCAGGCGGCUGGGAAGGCGCGAGCUUUCCCCUGGAACCUGCUCAUAUGGAGCUACGCCGGCGACAGGCUGUGGAAAGACGUGGUCAUGGCGUAUGACAGGAUGCUGGCGCUGGGCGUGGACGCCGACAGGUACACGUAUCCGUCUCUGCUGCGCGCUUGCGGCGAGCUCGGAGAGGUCACCAUUGGCCGCAAAAUUGACCACCGUAUUCGGAGGAGUAGAUAUGAUCUGGACAUGUAUGUCUGGAACGCUUUGGUCGGGAUGUAUGUCAAGUGCGGGGAGCUAGAGGAUGCGCGGAGGGUGUUUGAUGAAAUGUCUGUCAGGGAUGUUGUCAGCUGGAACACAAUGGUGUCUGGCUAUGCAUCGGCGGGGAUGUGGGCCGAGGCGUUUCAGCUGCUUCAGCGGGUUCCUGGGGAAAACAUUGUGACGUGGAAUGCAGUUGCAGCAGGGAAUUUGAAGGCAGGGAACUAUGAUGAAGUGAUCAGGUUGUUGUCUCAGACGAGGAAUCGCCACGGGCCAGGGGUGGACUCUGUGAGCGUGCUGAUUGGCCUCAAGGCGUGUGCUAAGAGUGGGUAUCUGAGGAUUGGCAGGGAGUUGCAUGGGGUGGCUGUUCGUCUAUACUUCGACAGGCUCGAGUGUGUGGUAAACUCGUUGAUAACAAUGUAUUCAAGAUGCAGGAUGAUGAGCUCUGCUGUACUUCUGUUUACAGUGUACUCAAUUCGGAGCAUCACAGCUUGGAAUUCAUUGUUAGCAGGAUUUGCAUUCAUGGACCAGGUUGAGGAAGCUUCUUUGCUCUUCAGAGAGAUGAUUGGCUCAGGUGUCUGUCCCAGUGAUGUUACUGUCUUGACAAUGCUCUCCGUUGUUGCUCGGUUUGGACACCUCUGUCAUGGAAGGGAGCUGCACUGCUACAUCCUUAGACAUGGAUUGGGUGGUUCUAAAUUAUUGCAAAACUCACUUGUCGACAUGUACUCAAAGUCUAGACACAUGAGAGCUUCACGGAUAGUAUUUGAUCAGAUGGAAUGUCGAGACAAGCAUGCCUACACUUCAUUGAUUUUGGGAUAUGGAAUGCAAAGAGAGGGCCAUCUAUCACUGAAGCUCUUUGAUGAAAUGAUCGCCAACAGUAUAGAGCCCGACCAUGUAACCAUGGUUGCUGUUCUUUCAGCAUGUAGCUACUCUGGACUGGUCACUCAAGGGCAGCUACUAUUUGCCAAUAUGUUUGCUGUGUUUGGUAUUGCACCAAGAGUGGAGCAUUUUUCUUGCAUGGUUGAUUUGUACAGCCGUGAAGGUUUGCUGAAGGUGUCCGAGGAGAUAAUUGACAAGAUGCCGUUCCAGCCAACUGCUGCAAUGUUAGCGACUCUUAUUGAGGCUUGCCUGACCCAUGGUAAUACAGAAAUUGGCAAACGAACUGCAAAGAAGCUGCUGGCAAUGAGGACAAACAAUCCUGGUCACUACAAAUUGAUCUCAAACACGUAUAUAUCAGCAAAAUGUUGGCCAGAGCUAGCUAAAGUUAGAUCAUUGAUGAGUAUGAUGGAUUUAACUAUGGUUCCAAGCCAUUCCUUGCUAGAAUCAGAAUAUGACAUAUGCCUAGUUGAGCAAGAUGAUGGCUUAAAUCAUGGUGCACAUUGUGACUUGUCUGACCGCAUAACGGAUACUGAUUCGUCUAGUAGUGAGGAAGUGAAAAGCAGCGAAGCUUUUGGUGGAUAA